UUAAUUCUGUUAGCAUAUGCAUUUAUGGGAAGGUGCGAAAAAAUGUCUGAAGCUCAUCUACAAUGUGGUUGUUGCGGCGCACUCCGGGGCUCAAGCUGGGCUCGACACUGAUAGACUAACCUACGUUUGUAGCUGAAGAGGAAACAAGCAAGCUGAUUAAUGCUUUACCACCCUGCCUAUCAAUCAAGCUGUAUCAAAAACAUAUAGCAAGCGUCUUCCUCGCCACCACGAUCUUUCCGGAUGUCUCUGCAAGACUAGGCAAGUCAGUCAAGUGAGGAAUCUGUUGCGCUCGCGGAGAACGCGGUUCGAGAGGUAGCCUACCCGAGCCCGUGGAGCUGCGCCCCUUGAUGAGCCUACGAGGACGACACUAUGUACUAGCUCCCCGCUGAUGAUGAUGGGAGGAACCAAUGUUCUCACUAGAAACCUCUUGAGACUAAGCGAACUCUGAGGAGCUCCGCCUGGGCUGCAACAGGACCAGACAGGAGAGAAGAGACCGAGACAGACCAGACGCUGGCUCUGCGUGUGCCAGGUUGGGCCUGGAUUCUUGCCUGCGCCUGUGGCUCUGGACAGAUAAGACAAACCUUCCCUGUUUGGGCAUUUGUCUGGACAGGUACAUCUUAGCUCUAUCACAUCUACACUCUACCAAAGCAACUUUAAGUUGUAGCAUCAAUUUAGCAGACAUUAGUAUUUUGGGGUCUGACCCUAAGCCGCAUCCCAAAGAACCUCUCCAGGGGCCAGUUUAGUUUACCAGAGACUAGGCAGUGGUCACCAUGCAGGUCUCUUUUGCCUGCACGGAGCACAACCUGAAGAGCCGCAGUGAGGACCGGCUUUGUGGCCUUCGCACUGCGCCACCCCCUGGGGGAGGCAGUGGGGGAGGUGGAGGAGGUGGUGGAGGGAGCAGCCAAGGGGGUAAUGGCAACUACAACACCCAGGGCUCAGCCAAGUCCAGGGAGCAGUCAGGGUCCCGCCCGGUCCCCCAGGGCCAUGCCCACAUGAAGGAGGCAAUAGGGCGCCACAGCAGUAUGAAAUACAGGAACCUGGGGAAGUCUGGUCUGCGUGUGUCCUGCUUAGGGCUGGGCACCUGGGUGACAUUUGGAUCACAGAUAUCUGACGAGAUGGCUGAGAACCUGAUGACCAUUGCCUAUGAGGCCGGGGUGAACCUCUUUGACACAGCAGAGGUGUAUGCCUCCGGCAGGGCUGAAAUCACCCUAGGGAACAUCGUCAAGAAGAAAAGAUGGAGGCGUUCUAGUUAUGUUGUGACAACCAAGAUCUAUUGGGGAGGGCAGGCAGAGACAGAAAGGGGACUCUCCAGAAAGCACAUCAUUGAAGGUUUGAGAGGAUCCCUGUCCAGACUCCAGUUAGAUUAUGUGGACAUUGUCUUUGCCAACCGGAACGACGUCAACAGCCCUAUGGAAGAGAUUGUCCGAGCCAUGACCUUUGUAAUAAAUCAGGGCAUGGCAAUGUACUGGGGCACCUCUCGCUGGAGUGCCAUGGAGAUCAUGGAGGCGUACUCAGUGGCGCGUCAGUUCAACCUGAUCCCACCUGUAUGUGAGCAGGCUGAGUAUCACUACUUCCAGAGGGACAAGGUGGAGGUGCAGCUCCCUGAACUCUACCACAAGAUAGGUCAGUCAUCCACACUCACACAGCCCAGCGAACAGCACCGAAUGUCCUCUCAACAGGAUCUUUGUCUCUCCCUCUCUUGUCUAGGUGUAGGGGCAAUGACCUGGUCUCCCCUUGCAUGUGGACUGAUUACAGGGAAGUACAGUGAGGGUGUACCUGACAUCUCCAGGGCUAAUAUGAAAGGUUACCAGUGGCUGAAGGAGCGUGUCAACAGUGAGGAGGGACGCAAGCAGCUGGCCAAGAUUAAAGAGCUCCACCUAAUGGCCGAUAGACUGGGCUGCACCGCCGCACAGCUAGCCAUCGCCUGGUGUCUGCGCAGUGAGGGAGUGAGCUCAGUGCUGAUGGGUGUCUCCAACACUGACCAGCUGGUGGAAAACCUGGGUGCCCUUAGGCUUAUUUCACAGAUGACUCCUCAGACCGUGGCUGAGAUUGACUCACUCUUGGGAAACAAGCCCCACUCUAAGAAAGAGUCGCGAGCAUGAAGAGGAAAAGAUGGAGCCAAAGACAAUCAGAGAAAGAUGAAGAAAAGCCAAGGAACAUCGCUCUUUCACCAUCCAGUAUAAUCAACAACUUGCAUGUUCUCAGCAACAUUUUGCUUCAAGAAUUUGCGCAUAUCCAUUUUGCGCAUUGCAUUGUACCAUGUACGAAAAAAGGAAAUAUUUUAACGUGCAAAAACAAAGAUUAUAAACUGGGUGGUUCGAACCCUGAAUGCUGAUUGUCUGAAAGCCGUGGUAUAUCAGACCGUAUACCAUAGGUAUGACAAAACGUUUAUUUUUACUGCUCUAAUUAUAUUGCUAACCAGUUUAUAAUAGCAAUAAGGCACCUCUGGGGUUUGGGGUAUAUGGCCAAUAUACCACGGCUAAGAGCUGUGUCCAGGCAAUCUGUGUUGCGUCGUGCAUAAGAACAGCCCAUAGCAAUGGUAUAUUGGCCAUAUACCACACCCCCUCUGUGCCUUAUUGCUUAAUUAGAUCUUAUAUAUUACAGAUCCCUCACUGACUGAUCAUGUCCACAAACAGAGGCCAAAGCAUCAUGGACCAUUAGGUUUCUGUCUUCCAGAGAGACCAAUGAGGGCAAAGUUGGAGAUGGAGAGAGAUGGUGGUUGAAUGAAGGAGGCGCUGCACUCUAUUUUAUCAAACAUGACGGUGUUAUCAAUGAGAGGAGAACUCUUUGAUGCCAUGAAGCAACAUGAGGCUCAGCUCUCUCACUGAAUGUGUGACCAGCGCUAUCAUAGUACACUCUUUCUCUGCAGCUGCCUCUGAGUCCGUAGAAUGCCUAGUACCCAGCAGAAAGCCAAAGGUUAGCAUCAUCUCGUCAUCGCCGUAUGUGACUGGCCUGUCACUCUAUGUCCUUUAACAGCAGUUUCUUCCUUUGUAUCUUCUCUGUGUGUAAACUGUGCGCAUGUCCCUUUAAGAGAGACCAGCCCAAGCAGGGUGUAAAUGUGGCAUGGCUUUAGUUAUUUGUGCAGAUUUGCAGUGCCCCUGUAAGCAGUAUUUUUGCACUAGCAGGUGGGAUGGGCUGAUCCAGGCUCUGCACUGGCAGGCACAUCGUGGAGCUUCGCUUUAUUUACUGUUUGCAGCCUGCUGACAUGGUCUGUGUCCAUGUGAUGUGUAUUGUCCUCCAUAUCAAACCAUUUCUGCGUCAAUGACAAUUAACACCAAGGCUUUCCCUGCUUGUUUGGAAGAACCUCUUUACUCCUUCAUUAAAGACUGGAGUGUAGACCCCGUAAUGAGAGGCACAGUAGAUCAUUCCUACUCAGCCUGAGACACAGGGUAGAACCUACUGUGGUAAACUAGCAGUCUUUUAAUGUGUUUAUGAUGCUUUGUUUUAGCAACAAAAACAAUUUAAAUGAGGCCAGAUAACAUGCAAAUCAUAACCUUUACAUCAAGAAUUCCGGUGUCCUAAAAGUGCAAUGUUCACCCCAUAAUGUUGUCUGUGUUCAGUCUUACUGGGACUGAGUCAGACAGAGAGAUUGGUAGCAGAGUGAAGUCAAGUCCCACUGGGCAAAAACUGGUUGAAUCAACGUUGUAAUUUCCCAAACAAUCAAUGUGAUGAUGUUGAAUCAACGUGGAAAACUGAUUGGAUCUGUAAAAAGUCAUCAACGUCGGGGAAUGUCGUCUUUUUUUCACCCAACCUUUAACCUCAAUCCAAUGACAGGGUGCCAUUUUUGUUGUAGAUUUAAACUUGAAUUCACACUAUUUGACAACUCAACCAAAUGCAAAUCAAAACUAGACGUUGAACUGACGUCUGUGCCCAGUCGGGUGUUUGAAUUGAUGAGACUAUCAUUUUAGACAUAGGAAGUUAGGAAUUCUUUUAGCAGUGGACAAAUGAUGGGUGAGCACACUGACAUUCAACAAAACAGAAACACAUGUACACACUCGCUUACACUGUCAUCAGCCUGUGAAAGUAUAUUUCUAUAUGUUGCAAAAGAUGCAAAUAAAUGCACAGGACCUAAGGGCGAUCAGGAUUUAGACUGGUGGGAGGUGUUAUAUUUGGGGUCAGGGACAUAAAUGAUGAUUCUGACUGAUUGAGAUUUAGACUGUUGUUUUGGAAGCAGAUUAUAUUGUGUAUUUUAUUGGACAGCUUGGACACACAGCUGCUUAGCAUAUUUCUGUGGCUCAUUGUAGUUUUUCUUUCAAACCAAAUAUAAAUAUUGUCGAAUCUCUCCCAAUUUUAUUAUAUAUUUCUGUCAAUUUUCGUCACUAUUUAACAUCUGUUAAUUACAUGUAGAUAUUACCCCCAGUAUCAGGAUUUACUCCUACUAUGUGACCCUGUCAUGUAAACCCUUGGUUUGUGAUAAGGCUCAGGAAAUGCUCCAGGGCACUAGUGAAUUUGGAAUGAGAGAGAUUUGUUCCACCAUUGUUAUCCCCCUGUCAUUACUGAUCAGUGUUCCCGGUGCUUUUUGAUACUUGUCUGUUUAUGUUUUAAUCCCUGGUGUAUGUAAAUACUUUACUGUUAUUAAUUGGAAUAUGUUGAAUUCAUGUGAAGAUUCUGAAGUGAGCAAAUGACAGAUCCAACCAGCUUGACAUGUGGUUUUGUUCUGUGUUUCUGUAACAUUAUUAACAGAAUCUAAGUUGAACUGAAAAUCAACUACCCAAUGUACAUAAAUGCCUAGACUGUAACUUGCCUGCAUAACUUAUAUUUUACUGUCUUGAAACAAAGAAAAGUAAAAAAGAGAGAAAGAA